UCUCACCAAUGACAGCGGCAGAAAUUUUUUGGUAAAAUUCAAAGCUAAAAUAAAGAAAAAAAAAGGAGUGAAAAAGAGGAAAUCUUGAAGAGCAAUAGGAACUCUGAAAAAGGCAGCAAGCAAAAAGGAUAGGAUUUGUAGAGUUCGAGCGGCCACAUAUCUGAAGCAGCUAAAACAAAUUUAGAAAUGGCGGCAGCAGCAUCAUCCUCCAUGGCGGCCACCGCUGUUUUGAUUCCACGUGUCCCCACCGCCGUUGGAACCACUCGCUGCUAUGCCUUGCCGCUCCUCCCUUCACGCGUUUCCACCGCUUCCUUCUCAUCUUCUGUCAAGCUAAUUCCAGAAUCCCGGAGGUUUUCUCUGCUCCAAACAAAAGCCUCAGAGGAGACAACCUCUGUUGAUGCUGGGGAGCUUAUCACUGACUUGAAGGAAAAGUGGGACAAAAUUGAGAACAAGUCCACAGUACUUCUUUAUGGUGGUGGGGCAAUUGUUGCAGUUUGGUUAUCAGCUAUUCUUGUUGGUGCCAUUAACUCUGUUCCUUUGCUUCCAAAGAUAAUGGAGUUGGUUGGACUUGGAUACACAGGAUGGUUUGUCUACAGAUACCUUCUGUUCAAGUCAAGCAGGAAAGAACUAGCUACGGAUAUUGAGGCCCUGAAGAAGAAAAUUUCCGGAAUGGAAUAGAUGCACAAAAUGGGAGUGCUUAUUUAUUUCCGAUCAUUUUCUUUUUGGUACCUUUGUACCCUGUAAAAGAGACAUCUCUACCCUGUAAUUGUAGGAUUGCCUUGUAUGAAUUCUCGUCACCUUUUUUAUUUGCUCUGUUCGAUGAAUAAUGCUUGUCAAUUCUAUGUGUAUGGGUACAAUUUCCAUAUAUAUAUAUGCAAUCUUGAUGUGAAGAAAGCAGCCCGUUUCAGCCA